AUGCGGGGCCUCGGGCCAGUGGCGCGCUCUCUGCUGUUGCUGCGGCUCUGCCCGCGGCCGCCUGGAGCCCGCCUGUCCUACGGUCAGGCAACGACGGCCGGCGCCCUGGAGCGCGCCAUGGACGAGCUGCUGCGGCGCGCCGUGCCCGCCACGCCGGCGUACGAGCUGCGCGAGAAGACGCCGGCGCCCGCCGAGGGCCAGUGCGCCGACUUCGUGAGCUUCUACGGCGGCCUGGGCGACGUGGCCGAGCGCGCCGAGCUGCUGGGUCGCCUGGCGAAGGGCUUCGGCGUGGACCACGGCCAGGUGGCCGAGCAGAGCGCCGGCGUGCUGCAGCUGCGCCAGCACCCGCGGGAGCCGGCCGUGCUGCUGCUGGCCGAGGACCGGCUGCGCUACGCGCUGGUGCCGCGGUACCGCGGCCUCUUCCGCAACAUCAGCAAGCUGGACGGCGGCGUGCGCUUCCUGGUGUGCCUGCGCGCCGACCUGCUGCAGGCGCAGACGCUCAAGCUGCUGGAGGGGCCGCACCUGCGGGAAAUGGACGGCGUGCUGAAGAGCAUGCUCACCGAGUGGUUCUCCUCGAGCUUCCUCAACCUGGAGCGCGUCACCUGGCACUCGCCGUGCGAGGUGCUGCAAAAGAUCAGUGAGUCCGAGGUGGUGCACCCCAUAAAAAACUGGAUGGACAUAAAGCGCCGCGUGGGGCCCUACCGACGCUGCUACUACUUCUCCCACUGCUCCACCCCCGAGGAGCCCCUGGUGGUCCUGCACGUGGCCCUGACCCCCGAGAUCACCAGCAACAUCCAGGCGAUUGUGAAGGACUGCCCCCCCUCAGAGACAGAGGACAAGAACCACAUCACCACCGCCAUCUUCUACUCCAUCAGCCUGACGCAGCAGGGCCUGCAGGGGAUCGAGCUCGGCACCUUCCUAAUCAAGCGGGUCAUAAAGGAGCUGCGGAGAGAGUUCCCCCACGUGGCGGCCUUCUCCAGCCUCUCGCCCAUCCCCGGCUUCACCAAGUGGCUGCUGGGUCUGCUGAGCUCGCCGAAGGAGCAUGGGCACAGCCCGCUCUUCACGGACGGCGAGGCGCAGGAGCUGGCCGAGCUCCUGGGCGGGCCGGUCGGCGACACGCUCAAGGACUUCCUCAGCAGCCACGAGUGGGCCCUGAGCGAGCAGCUGGCUCGGGCGCUGCAGGCCCCUCUGAUGCGGCUCUGCGCCUGGUACCUCUACGGCGAGAAGCACCGGGGCUAUGCCCUCAACCCCGUCGCCAACUUCCACCUGCAGAACGGGGCCGUCCUGUGGCGCAUCAACUGGAUGGCCGACCAGAGCCGCAAGGGCCUGACGGGCUCCUGCGGCCUCAUGGUCAACUACCGCUACUUCCUGGAGGAGACCACCAUGAACAGCACCGCCUACCUGGGCUCCAAGCACAUCAAGGCCUCUGAGCAGGUCCUCAGCCUGGUCAGCCAGUUCCAGAAGAGCAGCAAGCUAUAGCCACGACCAGCCGCACUGCCCCGUCCAUCUGUCCUCGUGGCUGGGCCCCGAGGGUUGAGUGUCCACAAGAGGUCCUUGGGCAGAGCAGGAGGCCCCGCUCUGCUCCCUUCUCCUGGGGCAGGGCCCCACCCACUGUGGUCACCAGGUGACUGUGGGUGCAAGUGGACACAAGGUGGCGGAGCCCGGGGCCAGGGCCAGGGCCAGGGCCGCUCCUGCCUCCUGGGAGGUCCCGCCGAGGUACGUUGCUCGGCUCACCCAAGGACCAGGGCAAGCAGCCAAAAGCAGCUCAAACCUGUGGGUGGCCCCUCACUGCCACACACACGCUUUGCUCGCUCCGGCUGUGCUGUGCAGUCCCCGCAGCGUGUGUGUUGAGGCGGGCCAGCGGCACCGAAUCGGUAAAACCACUGCCUGUGCCCCAGAGCACAGCUGCGUGAAGCACUGGGGGGCCCCAACGCGCCUGAGGACCGGCGCUUGGAGACGACCUGGGUGUGCUCUGUGAUGCACUAAUAACACACAUGGCUUUGUCACAGCAA